AUGAUCUUCCGGAAGAUACCUUCGUAUGACUUUGAACGAGCAGAGGAGGGCGGUCUCCAUACGGCGGGUAGCAAAUCUCGCUCGAGUCUGACUCUCUCUUCUCCGGCGAGAGCGACUCCCACUGGAUCGCUGAGAACGCAUGCUCUCAUGUUCGGAACCUACUUCGUCGCAGCGGCGAUUGCUGUUGCCCAUCACUUCUUCCUAUACAACCUCAAUGGCAGGGACGUUGAGGAGUAUCCCCUAUCUCAGACCUGGGUUCGGGACGUUGGAAACGCUCUGGCAGGGCUUGCCCAGCUCCUGCUUCAGACAUCGGUCACCAUCGCCUUGACGCAGAGUAUAUGGCGAUACGUUCGUCGGCAUGAUGUGACCUUGAACAACCUCGAUGUUCUAUUCUCCCUCCCGUCUCUGACGACAUUGCCGUCGAGUCUUUUUAAGAGCAGCGUGCUUUAUGCUCUUUUCCUCGCGGGAGUCAUACAAACACUCUCCCUCAUCACUAUCUUCGCGCCCAAUGCUUUAUCAGUCGCUCCUGCCAGCCCGGCCAACUCUACCUUGCUCGUACCCGUCCCAUCGCUUGAUCGCUUGAGUUCUAAAACGACAUCGGAGUUUUUUGAGGAUUCCAUCCCUGGCCCCGGUGGGUCCGCAGACAACAUGAAGAUCGCGUACUUUUACAACAGCCCAUCUCCACUCUUCCAGAAUCUCGCUCGACUCGUUCUAAACAGUAACUCCAUCUUACCAUGGUCAGCCCCCCCGCGCUGUGGAGGGACAUGCAAUUAUGACGUUCAAUACUGGGGACCUGCCUUAAAAUGCGUGGAUAUUCCGCAGUCUUCCAUUGGUUUACUGCCUUGGAAUUCUACGGGCUUGGAAGAUGUUGGGCAAGGCGGGAUAUUUUAUCCUAAUUAUACUGAUGUCUCUGAUCCGUCCUACUUCUUGGGGCCGACGUACGUCUACAAUGCGACAACAGCCGUGGAUAUCUGGAGUGAGUUCACAUCGCUGAUUACGCCCCAGUCAACGUCUUGGAGGGUAUCAGAUAAACAGCCAUUUUCCUUCGACAUCGUUUAUGCUGCGAAUCACUUCAAUUCCUCAGGCUUCUGGGACAUGGCCAACCUUGUUGGUCACUCUUGUGCAUUCUUCAAUGCAACUUACGCAGCGUCCGUCAAUUACACGGAUGGCGGUCAAGCUACCUCAGCCCGUAUCGUGGACUACGGUGAGCCGCUGAGAGCGGAAUUCGAUAUGCUAUUUUCGGUGCCGUACUCUUAUAUCAAUGGCACGGAUCUCGCACCUCUUCCCACCUACUCUGCGACGAGUCUGGUCGGCGCUUUAACCCUAUAUCUCCUUGGGAACAUCUCUCUUAAACUAGACACGAAUCUUGUAUCGCCGAUGUACACAAGCGUGAUGAACUCCAUAUUUGUCGACAACACGGGCAAUUCCCCUUCCGAUAUAUCAACGUCCUCCCUUUCCCUCGCUUCGCCGUUCUACCGCAACCUAGGCCGGCUACUUGAAGAUGCGUGUACAAACUUGACGGCAUCCUUGAUGUCGAACACGGCCAAUCUCGGUCAGUACACGCAGGUCCAAGCGACCGUCACGCCAGACUUCAACGUGUACAAGUACCAGGCAUCGCGCCUAUGGCUGGUAUACGGCAUCGGCCUAGGCGUCUCCCUCCUGGCCGACGUGUACGGCUUGAGAUGCAUCGCUCAGAACGGCGGAGCGAUGCAACGCUCGUUCUCAUCCAUCGCCGCAUCCGUGCGGGAUCGCGAGCUCGACGCGCUCCUCAACGAUACUGGAGAGCCGCUGUCCACUCGCGCGGACAGGGUCAGGUUGCGAUACCGCGCGGGCGGGUAUACGCAGGGCAAGCCGGCUGGCUUCGCGAUUUCCGGGAGUAGCAAGGGCGAAGAAGGGGAGGAGAUGUCCGAAACCGUUGCGUUGACGGACGAGAUGGAAGCACGUUUCUGA